AUGAAUCAAAAAGUUUGGAUUAGCAUACCCAAAGGCAUUAGUUCAAUGCACAACAAUGAACUAAUGAAGUGUACUCUAAGUAAGAAGAAUGGCAAAUAUAGAGUUUUAUAUUGUUACGAUAAAUAUAUAUUGUAUGGAAAGGUUUACAUCAAUAUUUAUUGAUAGGUCGGAGUUAUCGCUACAAAAUGCCUCAAAUUAGAUUUCGAUAUCAAAUUUGAAAUACUUUAUUAAUAAAUCAAUAGAAAUGGAGAGACAGAUGAUGGAUUAGGUUAAAUAAUUGGUAUAUAAUUUCAUUUUGAUUAUGGAAACGGAAUGAUAAGUUCAAAAUUGGGAGGAGAGGAAAAUUAAAUCAAGGAGUUGAGAAAUUUCUUGCGAUUAAGGAUAAAUUAAUACAAAUUUCAUCAAUAUUUUAGAGUUUUUAAAAAAAUUGGAAAAGGAAACUUUGCAACAGUAUAAACGAUUAAUAAAUAAAGGUGUAUUUUACAGAAAGAAUUGAAGAUGGACAAUAGUUCGCAGUAAAAGCGUUUUCAAAAUAAGUAGCUUAUAAUGAAGAGAAUGGAAAGGAGUCAAUAAUAAAUGAAAUUUAGAUUAUGAGGGAAUUAAAUAAUUAACAUUUAAUGAAAUUAUAUGAAGUAUAUGAAACUGAAAAUUCCCUUUACUUGGUAUUGGAACUGCUUUCUGGAGGUUCAUUGCAUGAUUUGAUAAAAGAAAAGAAGGGAUUGAAAUUGAAAGAAGUUCAACAAUUACUAUCUGGUAUAUUGUUAGGAUUAGAAGAAAUGCAUUAGAAGGAUAUUAUGCAUAGAGACCUAAAACUAGAAAAUAUUCUAUUCAAAUAAAAGAAGUAAAUUAAAAAUUUGAUUAAGUUAAUUGCAAUCUGUUGUGAUAGCAGAUUUUGGGUUGGCGACUCAUGUUAAUGAAGCUAAAUAUUUGUACUAUCGAUGUGGGACACCUGGAUAUGUAGCUCCAGAAAUAAUUAAUUAGAAAGAUUCAAAGCAAAAAUACUCAUCAGUAUGUGACGUAUAUAGUUUGGGUUUAAUUUUUUAUAUUUUAUUAUCUGGCAGACCUGCUUUUAUGGCUAAAACAUAUAGAAUGAUAGUUAAAUAAAAUAGAGAAGCAACAAUUGAUUUUACAAUAAAACAAUUAAAAAAUUUACCUGAUGAGACUAUGGACUUAUUGAAAAAAAUGUUAAAUAAGGAUCCCAAAUCAAGAAUCGAUGUUGCAAACUGUUUGAAGCAUAAUUUCAUUAAUGAUAUGGCAAGACAGAUCUAAGAGACAGAAAUCAAUGAGGAUAGUGAUAAUGAUUUAGGUUAGAUUGAUGAGGAUGUCGAUGUUGGAAAAAGGAUAAAUAAAAUAAAUUAACAGUUAUAUUUAAAAAUUAUUGUAGAUACUUUGUAUUUGAAGCUAGUAGACAUUUGAAUUCUCCAAAUUCAUCCUCAGAUGACUCACCAGGAAUCAUCUUGAAAAAAACAACAAAAAAAUAAAAGGAGAUUGAUUCUUCGAUGAUGUUAUCUGGACAAUCUCCUUUAUUUAAAGGAAGAAUUGAUUCAAUCGGAAGUGUUCAGUCUCUAGAUAUCUUAUCGCCAUAACUGACUUAACAAUAAUCACCUGCAAUUAAAUAAUCAAAGUUUGCUUAGAAUAAAUAAAAAGGCAAUUAAUCGAUUCUCAAAUAUAUCACAAAUAAUUGA